GCAGGAGCAGACUUUGCCACGGAACAGAAAGAACGACCUCCUGCUUGCUUGCAUCCCAGCUCGUUAUCGCUUCCUUCUUUACUUUCCUCUCGUUUCAUCUUUAUUUGCACUUGUACUUAUGACCAAGUCUGUAGAAUCUUCUAUUCAAGUCACCUCUGAAUUCUUAAAGAAGCAGCUUCCAGAGACGUUCCAAUCUGUUUCCUUAGGUAUUAUCUGUGGCUCUGGUUUGGGAGGUUUGGUGGACACCAUCGACCCUUCCACAAAAAUAGAAUUUGCUUAUAAGGACAUCCCAGGAUUCGCGGUCAGCACAGUGGCUGGACAUGCUGGUAAACUUGUAUUUGGGCUCCUAGGUGAAAGCAACGUGCCGACUGUGUUUAUGGUUGGAAGGUUUCAUUUUUACGAAGGUCACACCCUUCAACACUGUACAUUUCCUGUUCGCGUUAUGAAGUUAUUAGGGGUUCAGUCGUUGAUUGUCACCAACGCGUGCGGCUCGUUGAAUCCAGAGCACAAGGUGGGCGAUAUUGCAGUUCUCAACGACCAUCUGUCUGUUCCGGGAAUGUCGGGCUUCAGUCCACUCAUAGGCGCCAAUCUGGACAGUUUUGGGCCCCGAUUUCCCGCCGUAUCCGACGCUUAUACGUAUGCCCUUCGACGGAUUGCUUUCGAAGCAGCCUUCAGCAUCGGCUGGGCAGAGGAUGAUAUUCGGGAAGGAGUGUAUGCGUUCGUUGCUGGACCUUCAUAUGAAACAAGAGCAGAAGCCCGACAUUUGGCUAUCAUGGGUGCUGACGUCGUAGGCAUGUCAACUGUCCCUGAAGUCAUUGUAGCUCGUCAUAGCGGAAUCAAAGUGCUUGGCCUCAGUUUAAUCACCAACGCUGUGGUGACAGCAAGAGGCAAAGAUGCGAAAAAAGAAGUGCUUCAACAACUUGGACGAUCGACUGAAGUGGAUAGUGAGAUCGAUACAGAAAAAGUGAUCGCCAAUCAUGAAGAGGUGUUGGAGACCAGUGCACGACGAGCUGCACAGAUGCAACAACUUGUCAAAAAGAUUGCUGAUUUGAUUUCAAGUAGCCAAUAAAAUUUUGGGAUUUUUUCAUUUUUGCUCGAAGCUUCUACAAAAAGUUGUUAUUGAUUCCGAAUUGCCCUUGCAGUCCGAUCUGAGUCAUCCGAAAAAUAUCGAAAAAAAAAAUUUUGAGCCGUACC